UGGCGCGGUGCUCAACCCUGCAGUCACACAGCGCCAGAUGAGGCCCCCUCCCCUACUGCUGCUGUAGAGGAGAGCAGUGGAAAACGAGUCCCGCUGGUGAAACAGGCGUCUUUCAACGCAACGGAGGCCUCAUCUAAGUGAAGGUCAUCCCAGAGGAGCGGCCGUAGCAUUUUUAUCAAACCGAGCGCCUAUCCUGGAGGUGGAAGAAGGCAGUCGUGACGCCCGACAUCCGAGCCCCGUGGGCAGCUUUUCCUGCAGAGAAGACGAGCUGCGCCUCUAUCCCUCUUGCAUCCAUCUCCAUCUCUCUCUCUACCUAGUAGACUACCUAUAGGCCUAUAUCUUUUUUUGGGGGGGGGGUUGUGCAUUGGAUUUGACUGGUAGAUUCCGAUCAGACGUCCGAUCGCCGCGAUGGGGAACCGGGGGAUGGAGGAUCUUAUCCCGCUCGUUAACCGAAUGCAGGAUGCGUUCUCGUCCAUCGGGCAGAACUCCGACAUGGACCUGCCGCAGAUCGCCGUGGUGGGUGGCCAGAGCGCAGGGAAGAGCUCCGUGCUGGAGAAUUUCGUCGGGAGGGACUUCCUGCCCCGUGGGUCUGGCAUCGUCACUCGCCGCCCCCUGGUGCUGCAGCUCAUCAACUGUCCUACAGAAUACGCUGAGUUUCUGCACUGCAAGGGGAAGAAGUUUGUGGACUUUGAUGAAGUGCGGCAGGAGAUCGAGGCGGAGACGGACCGCAUCACGGGACAAAACAAAGGAAUUAGCGCAGUACCCAUCAACCUGAGAGUAUACUCGCCUAAUGUGCUGAACCUCACCCUGGUGGACCUCCCGGGGAUGACCAAGGUCCCGGUGGGAGACCAGCCAGCCGACAUAGAGCAGCAGAUCCGGGAGAUGCUGAUGCAGUUUGUAACCAAGGACAACUGUCUCCUCCUGGCCGUGUCCCCGGCCAACUCUGACCUGGCCAACUCUGACGCUCUGAAGAUCGCCAAGGAGGUGGACCCGCAAGGACAAAGGACCAUCGGAGUGAUCACCAAGCUGGACCUGAUGGACGAGGGGACGGACGCCAGGGACAUCCUGGAGAACAAGCUGUUACCUUUAAGGCGUGGCUACAUCGGCGUGGUGAACCGCAGUCAGAAGGACAUCGACGGCAAGAAAGACAUCAACGCCGCCCUGGGCGCCGAGAGGAAGUUCUUCCUGUCCCACCCCUCAUACCGCCACCUAGCGGAGCGCAUGGGUACUGCAUACCUGCAGAAGGUCCUCAACCAGCAACUGACCAACCACAUCCGGGACACCCUGCCGGCCCUGCGCUGCAAGCUGCAGAGCCAGCUGCUGUCCAUCGAGAAGGAGGUGGAGGAGUACAAGAACUUCAGACCCGACGACCCCAGCCGCAAGACCAAAGCUCUCCUACAGAUGGUGCAGCAGUUUUCUGUGGACUUUGAGAAGCGCAUCGAGGGAUCAGGAGACCAGAUCGACACCUACGAGCUGUCUGGGGGCGCCAAGAUCAACCGCGUCUUCCACGAGCGCUUCCCCUUCGACCUGGUUAAGUUGGAGUGCGAUGAGAAGACUCUUCGGAAGGAGAUCAGCUACGCCAUCAAGAACAUCCAUGGAAUCAGGACGGGUCUGUUUACUCCCGACAUGGCGUUUGAGACAAUCGUGAAGAGGCAAAUAGCCCAGAUCAAGGAGCCAUGUCAGAAGUGUGUGGACAUGGUCAUAUCCGAGCUGGUUAACACCGUGCGACAGUGCACCCUGAAGCUGGCCCAGUACCCCAUGCUGAGGGAGGAGAUGGAGAGGAUCGUCACACAACACAUCAGAGACCGAGAGAGUCGCACCAAAGACCAGGUCAUGCUUCUGAUAGACAUUGAGUUGUCCUACAUGAACACGAACCAUGAGGACUUCAUUGGCUUUGCUAACGCUCAGCAGAAGAGUAACCAGGCGAACAAAAAGAAGGCAGCAGGUAAUCAGGAUGAGAUCAUGGUGAUCCGUAAGGGAUGGUUGACCAUCAACAACAUUGGCAUCAUGAAGGGCGGAGCCAAGGAUUACUGGUUUGUCCUCACCGCUGAGACUCUGUCCUGGUACAAGGACGACGAGGAGAAGGAGAAGAAGUACAUGUUGACAGUGGAUAAUCUGAAGCUGAAGGACAUCGAGAAGAGCUUCAUGUCCAGUAAACACAUCUUUGCGCUCUUCAACACAGAGCAAAGGAACGUCUACAAGGACUACCGUCAGCUGGAGCUGGCCAGUGAGUCUGCAGAGGAGGUGGACAGCUGGAAGGCCUCCUUCCUCCGGGCCGGAGUUUAUCCGGAACGCAACGUGGACAAAGAGAAGAGUGACAGUGUGGAUGAGUCCAACUCAGACGGUCAGAUCCACAGCAUGGACCCCCAGCUGGAGAGGCAGGUGGAGAUUGUGCGCAACCUGGUGGAGUCCUAUAUGGCCAUCAUCCACCGCACGGUCCGGGACCUCAUCCCCAAGACCAUCAUGCACCUGAUGGUCAACAACACCAAGGAGUACAUCAACGCUGACCUUCUGGCUCAACUCUACUCCUGCGGCGAUCAGAACAGCUUGAUGGAGGAGUCCCAGGAGCAGGCUCAGCACCGCGACGAGAUGUUGAGGAUGUAUCACGCGCUCAGAGAAGCCCUGCACAUCAUCGGUGACAUCAGCACCUCCACUAUCACCACGGCGAUGCCCCCACCUGUGGACGACUCCUGGCUGCAGGUGACUGGGAUGCCAUCCGGACGAAGGUCUCCCAUGUCCAGCCCCACCCCCCAGCGUAGAGCCCCCCCCGGACCCCCUCGCCCGGGCGGACGCUCUGCCCCGGGACCCCCCUCCCGCCCUGUGGUGUCACCUGACCCCGGAGCCCCCUCUGUACCCAGCAGACCCAACAGGGCCCCCCCGGGCGUACCCAGUCGAAGGGCUUUUGCAUCUCCAUCUCGAGCCUCCAGACCCAGCUCUGAAUCCUCUCUUUAGUCCCCACACACACACACGCACACGCACGCACGCAUGCGCGCACGCACACACACACACACACACACACACACACACACACACACACACACACACAUACACACACACACACACACACACACACACACACACACACACACACACACACACACACACACGCCGCCAUCAUCUAGUCCCAAUGGUCUAUUGUAUUACUGACACAGCGCAGUCUGCUGUUGGAUCUCCAUGCAAACCUCACAUGAACACCAAGACACCCUGAAAGCCAUGUCAAACCACUUCACUCCCUCUGCUCUGUACUGCUCCUCUCUAACGCUCUCCUGCUCUAGCUAUGCCAUCCUAUUAUCCGCUCCAAGCCCAGCUCUCUACAGUGCUGCUUUUUGCCAUCAGAAACUUCAACUGCCAGUACAAUACACUUCAACAACGCGUUUAACAAUGAGAGCGAAGUUUGACCCUGUUUAACCCACCUGCUGUAAUCGCUCUUGUUUUCUGUUGAUUUGACCUUCUCUCUCCUGUCUGUUUCUUAGUCGGCAGAGCAAGGGUAGCCCUGCACACGGAGAGAGCCCCCAGUCUUCUGUCGAGGGUUAAACCACACGCGCACACACACACACACACAUACACACCCACACACACACACACAUACAAA